AUGUUACGAUUGAAAUCUCUCAAGGGAAUCGAUAUGGCGGUCUGGGAGACAUUUUCUGCUCUCGGUCUAGGGAUCAUGGUUCGACAUGUUACAUCGGAGCCAGUCAAGAGGCGACUUAUCGGCUCUCAGAUUCUCAAGCCAUACUACGGUGGUUCGGAGGAGUUCGACGUCGACCCGCUCGAGAAAUUCCCAGACGAAGCCUUUAAAAAGACAUAUGUGCAUUGGCUGACGGAACCGGGCAAUCAAGAGGAACAGGUGACUUAUAUGGCGUACGGCAAUGAGAGCAGCCCUGGCGUCGAUUCUGAGGAGGUGGAGAGAAUCACACCCGAGGAAAGUGCCACAAGGAAGAAGCGCGUCAGGGAGGAAAACGAAGAGUCUCUAAAACCACUACUAGAAGGCCUUGUCAAGAAUCGACGCAUACACAGGGGCAUCAAGGAAUAG